CAUGGGCUAGGGAACAGCAAGGCUCCAGUGAGGCAGGCUGCUGAAAAGCCAGGGGUUGGGGUCAGGAGCCGCUUUGGCAGCAGAAUGGCAGGCUUGCAGAUGGACUGUCACUAGGGUUCAGAUAUCAGGGAUGUUUCCAUCAGAACACUACCAUCAAAGGGGCAGAGAAUGACAAGAUAUAAUUCAGGACAUUGUGAGUGCCACUAAAGAUGUCCGAUAGUGUCGAUAUUGAAGAGAAACCGCCAGCCCCCCCCUUGAGAAUGAACAGCAACAAUCGCGACUCUCCCGCAGCGAACCACAGCUCCAAACCUCUACCAAUGGCUCCCGAAGAGAAGAACAAGAAAGCCCGCCUUCGCUCCAUCUUCCCUGGGGGAGGCGAUAAAACCAAUAAGAAGAAAGAGAAGGAGCGCCCUGAAAUCUCUCUCCCCUCAGACUUUGAACACACCAUUCAUGUGGGCUUCGACGCAGUAACAGGGGAGUUCACUGGAAUCCCAGAGCAGUGGGCCAGGCUGCUCCAGACCUCCAACAUCACCAAACUGGAGCAGAAAAAGAACCCUCAGGCUGUGCUGGACGUGCUCAAGUUCUAUGAUUCCAAAGAGACUGUGAAUAACCAGAAGUACAUGAGCUUCACUUCUGGAGACAAAUCUGCACACGGUUACAUAGCACCCAAUACACUGUUAAUGCCAUCUCGUAGCAGCGGGCAUCUGCUGUCUGAUAGAAGCCGGCUGGAGCUGGAAGCUGAUUGGCUGAUGGUACUGAAUUGUUUUCUAAUUGUGCAUAGCAUCCACCAGACUCGACUCCUGUCAUUCGGGGCUCCUGUUACCCUCAGAACCCACUACGCUACACUUUAUGACAAGAGCACAAAGACAGCAUCAGAGCCGCCGCUAGCGCCCCCUGUGUCGGAAGAGGAGGAUGACGAUGAAGAAGAAGAGGACGAUGAUGAUAAUGAACCCCCUCCUGUCAUCGCACCGAGACCGGAGCACACCAAAUCGAUCUACACCCGCUCUGUCAUUGAGCCCGUGGCUCCCACAGCGCCAGUGAAGGAGGCCAGCACCUCACCAGUGUCCUCAAUCCCUGACAACACCACAAGCACGACCAGCACUUUGUACAGACACACCGACAGGCAGAGGAAGAAGUCCAAAAUGACAGAUGAGGAGAUACUGGAACGACUAAGAAGCAUAGUGAGCGUUGGCGACCCCAAAAAGAAAUAUACACGUUUUGAGAAAAUUGGACAAGGGGCAUCAGGAACAGUGUACACAGCAAUUGACAUUGCGACCGGGCAAGAGGUGGCAAUCAAACAGAUGAACCUGCAGCAGCAGCCCAAGAAGGAGUUGAUAAUUAAUGAAAUUCUGGUGAUGAGGGAAAAUAAAAACUCCAAUAUUGUCAACUAUCUGGACAGCUACCUGGUGGGAGAAGAGCUGUGGGUGGUGAUGGAGUACCUGGCUGGGGGCUCGCUCACAGACGUGGUGACAGAGACCUGCAUGGACGAGGGACAGAUUGCAGCCGUCUGCAGGGAGUGUCUCCAAGCCUUGGAUUUUCUGCACUCCAACCAGGUGAUCCAUCGAGACAUCAAAAGUGACAACAUUCUCCUUGGAAUGGACGGAUCUGUGAAAUUAACUGAUUUUGGGUUCUGUGCCCAGAUCACCCCGGAGCAGAACAAGCGCAGCACCAUGGUGGGCACCCCGUACUGGAUGGCCCCUGAGGUGGUGACCCGGAAAGCGUACGGUCCCAAAGUGGACAUCUGGUCCCUGGGGAUCAUGGCAAUAGAGAUGGUGGAAGGAGAGCCACCUUAUCUUAAUGAAAACCCUCUCAGGGCCUUGUAUCUCAUUGCUACUAACGGAACCCCGGAGCUGCAGAACCCCGAGAGGCUGUCCGCGGUGUUCCGAGACUUCCUGAACCGCUGUUUGGAAAUGGACGUGGACAGAAGAGGCGCUGCUAAGGAACUCUUACAGCAUCCUUUCUUGAAGUUAGCCAAGCCCCUCUCCAGCCUCAGUCCUCUCAUCGUAGCUGCAAAGGAAGCUAUAAAAAACAGCAGCCGCUGAGGAGUUGGUCUUCAACACAGACUCUUGAAAGAAGACACUGGGCCUCACAGCAAAACCCUCAUCGACAGUGCUGUGGGACUGACAGCCAACAGGACAGCACAAGGAAUUAAACAGAGCACUGCAUUCACAAGCUCUGCCCCUCUUUUGUUCUUUAAAAACUAUUGUGGAGCUUUUCCCAACACUGGGGUUAUUUGCACCACCACCGCUGCUGUUUAGUGUCCUCUGAAAAUUAUUAUUUUCAAGAAAAAAAACGGCAGAAUUGUCUAUGGUAGUUCUGUCAUCUGCAGCCUCUCCUUUCCCUUCAUCUCCUGCAGUCUUAACAGGAUGUGGAUUCCUUUGGUUCAUGUUGAUCACCUGGGCAUUUCAAGGAAGUGUUACAAAAGGAUUACUUCACACCCAAAAGGAGGGAAUUGUACUUAAAUUGGUUCAUGGGUUGGUCUAACAUUUGAUUGGGAGGUUGCAAACACAUUUGCUGGUCAUAUACAAUUUCAAGGUGCCAAUAUGGCACAUGGGGACCAAAUUAGUCAUUCAAAUGUAUUUUUCAGACAAUAGUAGAAUUAUAUUAAGGAUGAAAAUGAAAUGAUAUUUUAAGUGCUGCAGUGCAGGUUUAUUUUUUGAACUCUAAGAACCCUCCCUACAGGUUUCUCCUUUCAAUGAAAAUCUCCCUUGCCUUGAUUAAAUUGACUCAUUUGAGUGAGUCACUGUUGUUCAGAGACAGCCGAGAUAGUUAGUAAGCCAUGGUACCAUUGCUGACCACGAUGAGUCAUUCAUGGUACACCAAUGACUAGGUGUGAUGUACAGUCCUGUUCUGAAACGCCAUGCUCUGACAAUGGUUAACCAUGGAAAAUCAGGGCUGCCAUGUUAGCACUUCAUGACAAAAAAAGCAUGUUGAAACCUAAUUUAAAAGUGAUAGAAAUAUAUUGGUCUUUUGCUUGUAUUUUGUAAUACAAUUUGGAAUAUGCAGAUGUUUCAAAGACAACGCUAUGGCAGUAAUAAUUCCUGGAACCAAGCAACUUCCUGUGUCGUAGCUCAGUCUCACUCCAAUGGUCCAACUGCAGUCAGGCUAUUUGGCCUACCACACAGGAAGUGUUAAAAUACCAGGAAUGUUAUAAUUGAAAAAAAAUCAGUGUAUCUUCAAUUAAAGUAUAAAAAACAAGCAAAAAAGCUAAAGAUUAUCAAUACAAGAAAAGUGGAAGCAGUGACAAUUCUGUAAUACGGCAUGCUGUUCUAGACUCAGAUCCAGUACCGCCCCUGGUGUUAUGCAAUCCAAUAUUAAUGCCUUGUUUGUUUGCCUUGUUGUAAUAAGAUGGUUUGCCAUGUCUUAUUUUAGUAGCAAUACGAAAAGAAACUUCACAAAAUUGACUUAAAAACAUCUUGACUAGUUUGUAAAGGUUGUAUUAGGUUUCUUUUAGGGUUGCUACACAUGCUACCAUUGUGUUUCAUACCAAUGAAUACUUAACAGAAUUGGAAGUGCCGACGCUGCCCACCACUGCUGUAAUAUAGGAAAGCUGCAUCUCCCUUUUAUUCACAAUGGUCAAGACAGCAGAUCUGACAGACCUUGAGAGAGUGCUGGUAAUACAUUGUGGAUUGAAAAAUAAAGGCAGUAAUUAUUACUGAAUGGAGCGAUCCUGGUUGCACCAUAGUUGGCCAACACCCUAUUGACAGUGUUAUGGCAGGUAAUGGUGUUGUUAAACCCCUGUAUUCUUUUUUUAAGAUCAAUGUUGGUCUGAUAGGAGACAAUAUUAUGAUUUGCAUUCCUUGGGCUGGCUAUGGAUUGUAAUAAGAGAUGUGCUUGCUUCUUGUCUCGAACAUUGGAGGAGAUUUCAUGGCAGGACAGCGUCUGGGUUCCAAUCAGGUUUUGAGUACCCUGGUAGGCUUUGGGUUGAGACAAUGAGCACAAAAAUCCCUACCUUGAACCCUGGGCUCAAUCAGAAUGAUAUUGAAGAGGACGUAUUUAACUGUGUUCAGCAUCUUCCAGCAUCGACAUUGUAUCAUAAUUUCCUGUACAUUCCUUUUUCGGAUGAUGUGUAAACCUGUAAAUGUGACGUGGAACUCCUCUAUAACUGUGUAUUAAAAACAGAUGUGUUUUCUUUUUUUAAAUUAUUUAAUUUGUAAAGUGCUGAAUCAUCUCUUGUACUUCAGCAUUAAAUGUUUUUUUGUUUUGUUUUGUUUUUUAAAGAAAAAAAUCUUCAAUUGUUUGCGAUAAGCUAUUUUUAACUGUGGUUGAAGCAAUAGAGAUUUUGAAUUAUGGAUUGUGCAUGGCUGUGUCUUGAGUGUAAAAAAAAAAAUACAGUUUGGAAAUUGGACCUAAAUAAAACAUUCUAAACAUAA